AUGAGGCACAGGUGGGUGACGCGAGAGGCAGCCAAUUGGUCGAAACACAAGGAGCAGGCACAACAGUACACCUUCCCCAAAGGAUGGACCCAAGACAUCCUCAAGCAAAACAGACACAAACUGGGCAGGAGGAAGGGGACCCGGAGGAAGGAACGGGGUCAACGCGGGGCUACCGAACAGGUCAAAAGGGGUGGCAUCCGGGACCCUAAACAUAGAGUGACUGAACAGGACGAUUGGGCAGGCGUCCGGAGUGCCAAAUGUGGAGUGACCAAACGUGUGUAUCGGGCGGGUGUCCGGAACACCAGACGUGAGCUGACCGAGCAGGCCGAUUGGGAUUGCCUAUUUCUGCUUAUGCCCGUUCUAAUGGCACCAACACCUCCAAGCAUGUGCACUCCUUUGAGGACACUCAAUGAAAGUCUGAGCCACAGGCGACGAUACAUGAAGCAUUACUUUCCUGUUAACUACACCAUUAGGGUUCAUCACGAGGAAGUUUUUAAAAUAUCUAACAUCAGCAAAAUGAAGUUGCAGGUCGACGACUUAGAAGAACUUCACCUACAGAGGAUGUGGUUCCUUGUAAACCACAGCGUCUUAAAAAGGAUUAUCCGAGUGUUGCCAGAGCGACAUCCUUCGCGUCCGUACACUACAAAGUUGGAGAGACGUCUCCAAGACGCCGAGGGAGUUUUUGUGGAGUCGCAUCCACCAGAGGCAUUCCAGCAGGAGCUUCCAGGUGCAAUCCAGGACAUUUGGGAUUGUUUAACAGAAGAGUCAGGCAGAGUGCCUGAAUCCAGCUGGAGGUCUGCUUCUCCAAAAUCCCUUUUGGACAAUUUCUGUCACACCAUGCACUGUCUCUACAGUGAAUGCUUUGCCAGUGCUGAAACACAGGACCGCUUCAACUCUGCAGACAAAUGUGUACCAGGUUAA